AUGGAUGGUGAAAGAAAGGAGGAUACCAACGACCAUUCGAUGGCUGAAGAUGAGAAGACGGCCGAAUUCUCUACCAGCGAGUCUGCCGAAACCCUUCGCCUUCGGAACCUUGACGCUCAAGUACGGGAUCAGGAUGACUUGGAACGGGAUAUCGGGCGGGAGGCAGAUCGGCUCUUGUUCGAGCAAGCCCACCAGCGAGACCAACAGCGACUCGAGAAAUCCAAGGCACAAAAGGAGAAAUUACAGAACCAGAUCAAAAAGACACGAGAUGACAUGCUUCGCCCCAUAGGCACUACUCAACGAGCGCGUUUGCGUCUCGAUGUUGAUCGUAUGCAAGGUCAAAUCCAAGACCUGGACAAUGACAUUGCUGAGAUCGAGGAAAGAAUGAGGGAACGAGAAAGUAACGCAGGGAAGGCAGAUCAACAUGACGCAGCAGCCGCUGGACGCUUACCGAAUGAAAGUCAGCGUGACUAUCUGAUCCGGACCGGCAAAAUCACUCCUUUCUCCAAAUUUGGCUUGACAUCGCAUGGAGAGUCUUCGACGACCUUGCAGGGGGCCCUUUUUGACGCUGAGGAAGAACCUGAAAUCCCUGAUGUCGAGCCUAGUGCAGAAGCUGGAAAGUCUAUGUCCCACCGGAAUUUGAGACAGCCCGGCUUUUCCACUGGUUUCACGGAUUCAAGCGCAGAAGACGAGAUUCAAGCCAACCAGUCCCGAAAGCGAAGACGUCUCAUGAAUCAUUUGCCUACAAAGGACGAAGAGUCAUCAUAUGACGAAGGCGGAGUCGAAGAAGAACCGUUUUCCGAUUCCGAAGAUGAACUUGAUGACGAAAUGCCGACUACGGCAGGGAAACGACAGAGAAAGAAUCGGAAGGCAGUAGCCCAAGUCGAGGAUGAAAUUGAGGAUUUCCGUGGUGUGGACGAUGGCAACGAGUCCGUCUACAAGUCCAGGUUGCGAACAUGGGCCUUGCGGAGACGGAGGGCACGAAAACAUGCCGCGCGUAAUACGACGAGAGAGGAACAAGAACAGGACGAAACAGACGAGGAUGAUCCAGAUGCUGUCGCAGAGGAAGAAGCAUACUUACCACAUCCCGAGAUUCCGGACACUCUUCUCGAUGAUGGCUACAGGUUACCAGGAGAUAUCUAUCCCAGCCUAUUCGAUUAUCAAAAAACUGGAGUGCAAUGGCUCUACGAGCUCUACACUCAACAAGUCGGCGGAAUCAUUGGCGAUGAGAUGGGCUUGGGCAAGACGAUUCAGAUCAUUGCCUUCCUGGCGGGCCUACAUUACAGCAAAAAGCUGGAUAAGCCCAUCAUUGUAGUCUGUCCGGCUACAGUUAUGAAACAAUGGGUCAAUGAAUUUCAUCGCUGGUGGCCUCCUUUUCGAGUCACCAUUCUGCAUUCCUCUGGCAGCGGUAUGGUCAACGUACGAAAUGAAUCCAGCAAAGAAGAUAUGCUGCUCGAUCUUGAAUGGGAUCCAACUCGGAAACAGCAGCCGCUCACCACGGCUCAGAAGGCUGCUCGAAAGAUCUUACGGCCAAUUCUGGAGCAAGGAGGUGUGCUCGUGACAACGUACUCUGGUCUACAAACUUACGCACCUCUCCUGAUCCCAGUCGACUGGCAGUAUGCCAUCCUUGACGAAGGACACAAGAUUCGAAAUCCAAACACGGCUAUCACCAUCUACUGCAAAGAACUACGCACUCCGAACCGAAUCAUCCUCUCUGGGACCCCUAUGCAGAACAAUCUUAUCGAGCUGUGGUCUCUCUUUGACUUUGUCUUUCCCAUGCGAUUGGGCACGCUGGUCAACUUUCGCAAUCAGUUCGAGAUACCAAUCCGACAAGGUGGAUACGCGAACGCAUCAAACUUGCAGGUUCAGACUGCAUUCAAAUGUGCAGAAACGCUCAAAGAUGCCAUCAGUCCAUACUUGCUGCAACGCUUCAAGAUCGAUGUUGCCUCAGAUUUGCCCAAGAAAAGCGAGCAAGUUUUGUUUUGCAAGCUGAGGCCCUUGCAGCGCGAUGAAUACAAGAGAUUCCUUGGCUCGGGAGAGAUGGACGCAAUCAUGAAUGGCAAGCGUCAAGUUCUCUAUGGGGUCGAUAUACUGCGGAAAAUCUGCAACCACCCGGAUCUAACAGAUCACAAACGGUUGUCAAUCAAAGCAGGAUAUAGAUAUGGGGACCCGUCAAAGUCCGGCAAGAUGAAAGUUGUUGGUUCGCUCCUGGAACUAUGGAAGGAAACUGGUCACAAGACUCUCCUAUUCGCCCAGCAUCGCAUCAUGCUUGACAUUUUGGAGAAGUAUGUGAGGUCGCUUUCGGGUUUCAAGUACAGGCGUAUGGACGGAAACACGCCUAUCCAGCUGCGACAGAGUAUGGUCGAUGAGUUUAAUACCGACCCAGACCUGCAUGUCUUUCUGUUGACAACCAAGGUUGGCGGGCUUGGGAUCAAUCUGACCGGUGCCGACAGAGUCAUUAUCUACGACCCUGAUUGGAACCCCUCAACCGACUUGCAAGCUAGAGAAAGAGCCUGGCGAUUAGGGCAGAAGCGCGAAGUUGCCAUCUACCGUCUAAUGACCGCUGGCACCAUCGAAGAGAAGAUCUACCAUCGCCAGAUAUUCAAGCAAUUCCUGACGAACAAGAUUCUCAAGGAUCCGAAACAGCGGCAGACAUUCCACCUGAGUGAUUUGCACGAUCUCUUCAGUCUAGGAAAUGAAGGAGAGCCGACCGAAACGAGCAUACUAUUUCAGGAUGCGCAGGUCAAGUCUUCUAAGCCAGCUAAAGCUCCCGAAGUGAACGAAAUGAAAUCCGAAGGACAAUCGUCGAGCAUUGCAGGGGACACCACGAUCGGCGCUUUACCAGGUAUAUCAUCUAUGGAGCAGUUUGCUGGGGAGAUCGAAGAAGAGGAGCAGGCGAACAAGGAUGGCGCCAACAAUUCCGAAGACAGGAUGAUGGAAGGCAUCUUUUCACGUGCUGGUAUUCACUCCGCGGUCGAGCACGAUGCGAUUAUUGACGGGAAAGCUGGAAAGAAAGUCGCGGCCGAUCCGGCUUUGGUGGAACAAGAGGCGAGAAAAGUGGCUGCUGAAGCGGCUAGAGAAUUGCGACGUGCUGGUGAGGUUGCCCGCACUGUUCCAAUAGGUACGCCCACUUGGACCGGACAGUUUGGUAUCUCUGGCCGUCCUCAAGAGACAACGGCACAGCGGGCAUUCAGCUCCAACUCCCGGAGCAGAGGUAGUGGAGUUCAGUCGUCUAGUCUUCUGGCGAACCUGCAACAGCGCCAGGGAGGGCUUGCACCAAGCCGAGACAGCACUCCAAGAACAGCCAGUCCUGCUAGAUCCACAGGCUCGACUGCUUCGGGUUCCAGAGAUACGACACCAACUUUGCCUCAAGGCAAGGACUUUGGUAAACUCAUCCGCGAUUACCUCACGACCCAUGGCGGAAGUGUAUACACUCAGAUGCUGAUCGACCACUUCAAUCGCUUCUGCACUACUCCACAGGCGACCCUGGAGUUCAAGGAGACCUUGAAAUUGAUUGCCAGGUUGGAGAAGGGGAGCCGGGGACGCGGGCGCUGGGUGCUGAAGGAUGAAUAUAGGAGGUAA